GCGGAACCCGCCGUCUGACCUUCCUCCUCCUCCUCCUCCCGCUCGCCCUACGGCCGCCGGGCACGGAGCAUGGCGGUGCCGCGGCUCCUGCGGGCAGCCGCCCCCCGGUUCUACAGCAGCCUCCCGGCCCCGGCGGCCGCCCCGGCCCGGCCUCGCGCCGAGGGUGACAGGAUGCUGUCCGAGCCUCUCAGGCAUCCCGACUUCUUCAACGUGAAGGAGCUCUUCUCCCUGAAAGAUCUCUUUGAGGCCCGAGUGCACCUGGGGCACAAAAAGGGAUGUCGGCAUAGGUUCAUGGAGCCGUACAUCUUCGGCUGCCGCCUGGAUCAGGACAUCAUCGACUUGGAGCAGACGAUGCAGCACCUCCAGCUGGCCCUCAACUUCACCGCCCACGUCGCCUACCGCAAGGGCAUCAUCCUCUUCGUCAGCCGCAAGCGCCAGUUCUGUCACCUGGUGGAGAGCACGGCGCGGGAGUGCGGGGAGUACGCGCACACCCGCUACUGGCAGGGCGGCCUCCUCACCAACGCCCACAUCCAGUUCGGGUCCGGCGUCCGCCUGCCCGACCUCAUCAUCUUCCUCAGCAGCCUCAACAACGUCUUUGGUCCCCACGUGGCCAUCCGGGAUGCUGCCAAGAUGAACAUCCCCACGGUGGGGGUGGUGGACACAAACUGCAACCCCUGCUUGAUCACCUACCCCAUCCCGGGGAACGACGACAGCCCCACCGCCGUGGAGCUCUACUGCAAGCUCUUCAGGAUGACCAUCACCCGUGCCAAGGACAAGAGGAAGCAGAAUGAGGCCUUUGAUGAGCUGCGGAGGAAGGCAGAGGGCAGUUAGAGCCCUGGGGACAGGCCAUGGCCAGCAGCUCGGUGACAGGGUCCUGCUCCGCUCCCCUGGGUGCUGCAGGACUGACCCUGCAGCCAGAGCUGGGCUGGUUGUGGAAGAUGAGUAGGGAUCCCGCAGCAGUGGGACUCUAGCUCAAAAACCAAAUUGUUCAGAGCAAUGCAAGAGGAGAUGGAGUCAGGCCAGACCCAGCUCCUGUCCUUAUGUUUGUCCAUGCUGCAAGGAGGCUCCUCUGUCCUGCGGCCUGUUUGUUCAUGAGCUUGUGAUCUCACCCAAAACCACUUGUAUCUCAUGCCUCUUCCUGACACGGCAAAUAAAGGGCUUUGAGAUCCUU